AUGUGUCUCGCUUGUUUCAAGUUCUGGCACAAGGGCAAAAAAGGGGAUGUAUCCUCAACUCAUUCGGCUCAGGCGUCCAAUCCUCUGUCGGCAUCCAAUCCUCUGUCGGCAUCCAAUCCUCUAUCGGCAUCCAAUUCUCUGUCGGCAGACAGCCUGCAGGAGCGCCUGUGGAUUGAGGCGUAUGAUGCCCUUGAGGCCGGGGAAAAAAGCAUAGUGGAAGCAUACGAGAAACUCCUUGUACACAGGCUUGAAAAGUUCUUGGACAAAACCGAAAUUACCCCGGCAAUACUGAAAAAACGAGAUCAAAUGAAAAGAUUUGUUGACGCCGGGCUCUCAGAGUCGCAGCAAAUUGCAGACAUUAAGGGGAAUAUUGAAGAAUUCGGUCGAAUCUUAUCGCCAGUAAAGAAAGUGAUGGACGUCGUCGUUCUGGCGGCUCCCCAGGCUGCUAUCCCAUGGUCUUGCGUCUCUUUCUCUCUCCAGAUCCUUGCAAACCCUCUGACGGAGUCCAGUAUCAACCGCGAAGGCAUUACGUACGUUUUGUCGACGAUGGAUUGGUAUUGCAAACUUGUUGAGCUUCUUAUCGACGGCGAGGACCGGUCGAAGACGCUCAGAGAUGAACUCGAGAAACAAAUUGUCGAGCUGUACAAAAGGCUUCUCCUGUACCAAAUGAAGAGCGUCUGUCGUUACUACAGGUCUCAGAUCCUAGUCUUACUUGGAGAUGUCUUCAAGAUCGAUGACUGGACGGGAGAACUCACUGGUGUUAAGGAAGCCGAGGAUCAGGUGCGGACCAGGCUAGGUCAAUAUCAGAGCUCGUCGAUUUGUGGCGCGCUCAAAACCCUGGCUCGUGCCAUGCAGGAUCAAACCAACCAAUUUCAAGAUCUGUCAUCUUUGAUUCAGAAGCAGUAUCAAGCGCAACAAGACAGAGACAAGCACCGGGAUAGGGAAAAUUGCCUAAUUGACUUUCGUCAGAAAGUUGACCCCCAUCACGAAAAGGACCGUAUACAGAUCGAGAAAGGGGGGCUUCUUCGAGAUGCUUACUCCUGGGUUCUGGAUCACGAUAGUUACGGGAAAUGGCACCAGGAAACUCAUCGCAAGAUACUCUGGAUCAAGGGCGAUCCGGGCAAGGGGAAAACCAUGCUCAUAUGCGGCAUCAUUGACGAACUAGAGACGGACCCUACUCACACCCUAUCAUAUUUCUUCUGUCAAGCCACCGAGACGACACUCAACAAUGCCACUGCUGUGCUACGGGGGCUUAUCUAUGGACUUGCAAAGAGAUAUCCGCAGGUCGAUCGGCAUAUCUACGACAGAUACAAAGAUGGCGGCGGAAAGGCGGCAUUCGAAGGAGACAGCGCGUGGGGAGUGAUGUGCGGUAUUAUGAACGCCAUACUAGGUGAUCCAAUGAUGAAUGGUGUGCUAUUGAUUGUAGACGCUCUCGACGAAUGCGUGGAAGGUCGCCAGAAGCUUUUGGAUUUCAUUUGCGAGAGAUCAAAUGAUUCUCGUGCCAAGUGGAUAGUGUCCAGCCGCAAUUGGCGGGAAAUCGAGACAAACCUCGAGAGGAUCACGGAACGUACAUCGGCGCUGUCCCUGGAGCUGAACAGCGAUCUUGUUUCCUAUGCUGUUCGCAUGUACAUUCGAAGAAAGGUUGACAAGCUCGCUGAGAAACAACCUUAUCAUGACGACUUAAAACUCCGCAACCACGUCGAGAAGUACCUCAACGACAACUCGAGCGACACAUUUCUAUGGGUGGCAUUGGUCUACAAUGCGCUUCGUCAAGACAACAUUAUAAGACGAAACCACGUCAUCGGACCGAAAGGGGUUCUGCGAACAUUCCCUAAAGGGCUCGAUAAGCUAUACAAGCGCAUGUUCCAGUACAUUUCUGGUACGAUGGAUGCAAAUCUAUGCAAAGAUGUUUUGGCCGUCACAUCGAUCCUAGAACGCUCUAUCACAUCUCUUGAACUUUGCUCCAUCAUGGGCCUGUCGCAGCAUUUUGACGGUAAAGUUGAGACCUUACAAGAUGCCGUGCGAUGUUGUGGUUCUUUCUUGAGUCUUCGAGAUGGAACUGUUUAUUUCGUACACCAGUCAGCCCGAGAUUUUCUACUCGACAAGGAGGAAGACACCUUUGCCAAUCUUUUCCCGGGCGGAGUCGAGGGUUUGCAUUGGGCAGUGGGUUUGAGAUCAUUGGAUGCCAUUUCCAAGGUCAUACGUCGCAACAUCUAUGAACUAGAAGAUGUCGGCAUUGCCCAAAAGGAUAUCAUCAUGCCUAAACCGAAUCCUUUGGCCUCUGUUGCAUAUUCUUGCGCUUUUUGGAUGAGACACCUGGGAGAAUCAAGUACUGAGAGGGACAUCGAAGACUAUGAGUUUGUCAAUGAGUUUCUUCGAACCAACUUUCUGUACUGGCUCGAGGCCCUUGCUCUCAUCGGUGAGCUGUCGCAAGCAGUACAAGGCAUACAGAAGCUUCAAAAUUUGAUCAGAGGAAAGCCAGCCUCGAAAGAAGAAACCUUACUAUUCAGUCCUGAAGAGAGUGUCGUCAGAAAGCACUUCUUCAAGGAUCACGCACCCAAAUGGAUUUCGAUAAUGCCAGGCUUGGAUAGGACGUGGAAUACGCGCUUGCAGUCUCUGAUCGGGCAUGAAUCCGAUGUCGAUACUGUGGUAUACUCACCAGAUGGCCAGUGGAUUCUUUCUGGCUCUGCAGAUGGCACUGUGAAGCUCUGGCAAGCAGAGAGUGGACAUUGUGAAUACACAUAUGGUGGUUUCGGCGAAGAACUUUACGGUCGGGCCAAAGUACUCCGAAAAGCCGGUGUGCGGUCAGUGGCCUUUUCAGGGGACAGUCAAACAUGUACCGCCGCGUCCAGGAACGGAGUCAUUAAGGUCUGGGAUCUGAAAACCAAUCAAGUCGAGAGUUUCAGAGGCCACGAAGAGGAGUUGGUGGUCACGACGAUGGCCAUCUCGCCAGAUGGUCGCACUUUUGCAUACGCCCUGAAGAACAAAGGGGUUCAUAUAUGGAGCAUGGACAAGGAAAUCUCUACGCGCACAAUCAUGGCUGAUAUCGACAACAUAGUCUCGCUAAGCUUCACGACAGACGGUCGAUGGCUUGCUUCGUUCUCUCAAAACGACAAUAUCAAGAUCUGGGACACUUUGACAGGAGACUGCAAACGAGAAAUUGACGAUAGGCCGGUUGGGGGGGUGGAAAUCUCGGGCGAUGGACAAUUGAUCGCGUCAUGGAGUCCUCUCGUUUGCAUUUGGGAGACAAAAACUGGCCGGCUGGUUCGCAAAUUCGAAAACAGAGGCUCUUGCUGGCUCCGAUCUAUCAAGUUCUCAAAAAAUGGAAGGCUUUUGGCUGUCUUGACCGAUGAAGAAAUCUUCAUAUACAACACGGCAAUGGGCGAGCUUACCUGGGAGACCUCACAUGAUGGGGGUCGUGACGAUCCGUUGGCAUUCUCACCGAACAACGAAAGACUUGUGGCAGGAUGUUCUGAUGGCACCGUCAAAAUAUGGGAUCUAGCAAAAGGCAAUAAAAACAUGGCUAGUGGUGGCUUUGCGCAGAGUUUUUGCUACUCUGAUGAAUAUCACUUCGCAGCCUCCUACCCCGACUGUCAGGAGAUCGCAACGUGGGGCAGAUCGACCGGACAUGAUGUGGAAGUACAUAAAUUCCAUGCGGAGAAUGUGGAGUUUAUUGCCAUGUCCAAGGAUCAUCAGAAACUUGCGUCAACUUCUUUCAGCGGUCAGGUUACUGUGUGGGAGACGAAAACCGGUGCCCAUACACAGCUAUUUGGCGCAAACUCAGCGAAUGCCAAAGGAGAUGACAUAAGUGACGACAUAGAUGACGAAACUGGCGGCCGUUUGGAAAAGAUCACGUCCUUGGCCUUUCGAAACAGCUUUCAGCUUGCCUGUGGCGGCUAUCAGACAAUCAGAAUUUUGAACACAUCUGAUGGUACCAUCGCGCAAGAACACUCCGAAGCUGAUGGAUUUGUUCAGCUCAUGGAGUUUUCGACAGAUGGCCAAUGGCUCGCCUAUCAGUCUCGUCCUCGAAAAAAGGGUCAGGCUGCCUGGGCCCAGACAACUUGGAUGCAAACAUCCGUGGAUAUGCCGGAGCAGCGGCCCAGGGCCUUGAAAUAG